AUGGAUGAAAAAGUGCCGGGGUUGAAAGCUAUCAAGGAGGGAUCCACUGGUGAACGAUCUCCGGUCAGUCCACAAAGUGAGGAGAAUAACUCACUGGAAGGAGAGGAUCAUAUGGACAGAACUCCAAAGGUAAGAUCAAUGUUUUAUUGCUUUUUUUUCGACUUGCUUUGAAA